AUGGGCUCCACUCGCAAUGGAUGCCUCCUCCGCCCGCCGAGCCCUGCUCUACCAGCGUCCGGUGCCCAGCUAUUGCGGCUCCCGGGUAACGGAGCCGUGCAUGCCGUGAGCCCCGAGUGUGCUGGCUGGACCGAGGGGCUGUGGGCUGCAGUGGUGGCAGUCCCCACAGACCCGCUGUAUGGCCUGGCUUGCUCUGCAAGCUGUUCGUCAGCACUGGAUGCUGUGUACCUCAAGGGCUGCAGCAAGGCCAAGUCGCUGGCCGUAUGCCUGGGCCAUGGUGCGGAGGUCUACAGGUAUUGCCAAGUGAGAGUACCAGAGGAGCUCCUCAAAGACCUGUUGCCAGGUCCAGUGACCCCGGUGAUGGAACGCUCUGAAGAGCCCAACAAAGACCUGAACCUUUUUACCCCUCUUGUAGUUAUCCAGAUUCCUGACCAAGCCUUCAUGCAGGACUUGGCCCAGAUGUUUGAGGGACCUCUUGCUCUCACCAGUGCCAACCUCAGCUCCCAGGUCAGUUCUCUGAAUGUUGAGGAGUUCCAAGAUCUCUGGCCUCAUUUGUUACUAGUCAUUGAUGGGGCAAUUGGGGAUGGCCAGAACCCUGAGGGUCACCUCCAUUCUACUGUGGUUGACUUAUCUGUGUCUGGAAGGUUUGGCAUCAUUCAUCCACACUGUGCCCUGGAAAGCACUACACCCAUUCUCCAACAGCAAUAUGGGCUACUCCCCUCACACAGGUCCUGCCUGUGA